AUCAACUGCCAGCAUCACGAAGCUAUUGGGAGUCCAGCACAAGAAGCGAAUUGAAACUCCGUGUUAAUUUACGAAUGAACUGCGUACCAUCAGAAGGUUUCCCUUACCGCGCGGCCUACUGACACUGUACAAGGACCACCAUGGAGGAGAUCACUCAGGUCCUCAGCACCAGCCUCGCCGUCUCCUUGGAGCCCAACAGCACCUCAGCACCACACCCCCGACUUGCCCAGUACAAGAGCAAACACAGCAUGCUGGAUCAGAGCAAGAGACGCCUCCGCUUCCUGGACCUACAGAAAACUAAAAGGCUCAAUUAUGUCAACCAUGCACGUCGUUUGGCGGAGGGAGACUGGACUGGGGACAACAGUGAGGAUGAGCUGGAAAUGGAGGCGGCUGAGGAAGGGCAGAAGGAGGAAGAUGAGGGUAUGCAGAUAGAGCAGAGGAAAAAGUUGCCAAGGCACUACGGCAACCAGCUCAUGCUUUCAGAGUGGUUGGUGGAUGUCCCCCCUGACCUGGACACUGAUUGGCUGAUGGUGGUCUGUCCAGUAGGGAAACGCUCUCUGGUCGUUGCUUCCAAGGGGUCCACUGUGGCUUACACAAAAAGUGGCUACUGUGUGAAUCGAUUCCCAUCUCUACUACCAGGAGGCAACAGACACAGUUCUGCAGUGGGCAAAGAUUACACAAUCCUCGACUGUAUUUUCAGCGAAGUGGACAGGACAUACUACAUCCUUGAUGUCAUGUGUUGGAGGGGACAUCCUGUUUAUGACUGCCCGUCAGAAUUCCGGUUCUACUGGCUCCAGUCCAAGGUCCAGGAGGCAGAGGGACUGUCAGAAGUUGUGAAGCAUAAUCCAUUUCGCUUCCUGAGUCUGCAGAGUGUCGCAUGCUCAACAGAGUCCAUCCAGCAGGCACUAGCAGAGGAGUACAACUUCAAAGUUGAUGGCCUCUUGUUCUACCACCGGCAGACGCACUACACCCCCGGCAGCACCCCCCUCGUGGGGUGGCUGCGGCCGUACAUGGUGUCAGACAUCCUGGGAAUACAGGUGCCCAUCUGCUCCCUCACCGCCAAGCCAGACUACGCUAGCCACCAGCUGCAGCAGAUCCUAGAGCACAAGAAGACUUCCACAGAGGUGCGUCCGGCCGACCAGAGCGGCCGCUAUGAGCUAGAGCACCUCUCCACCCUAGAUUGCCAGAUGGGAGAGGCCCCCUCCCCCAUGUGACACCCUGCCACCCUCUCUCAUUUUGCAGACUCGCAUUGAUGCUUGUGGACUUGUUCAGAAUUCUCAGUUAAGGUGUCCCAUUCCAGUGACAGUGCCUAAAAUGGUUGCAGAGUUAACAUCAGCCAUCUGUAUUAUUUUAAUCAAAUGUUUUUGAAGUACCGAGACGGUGAGUAACAAAUGAAUAGUUUAAGCGUACUUAUACUUGUAUGGAUAAGUAAGUGCUUUUUGUCAUUCAUUUUUCCCCAUAAUGGAACUUCUUAUUUUGCCUCCAAGAAAUGAAAAGAUUCAAUAAAUAAUGAAU